AUGCGGAAAUUGACGAAGUCUGAUUUUCUCAAGGUGGUGCGGGCGGUCUCGGAUAAGAUUAACGUCUGGGGCCGGAGACAUCUUUCUUUGGCGGGUCGGGCUACACUGAUUCGGUCCUCGCUUUUAACCAUCCCGAUGUAUCUUAUCACGCAUACAAACAUCCCAACGGGCACUCUUAAUGCUAUUGAGAGGAUGGCUAGGCAAUUCAUGUGGCAGAAGGAGGCGGGCAAACGGGGCCUGCACUAUGUGUCUUGGUCGGAUCUCUGCCGACCAACUGCUGUGGGCGGACUGGGCUUCCAUGCUUCGGCCACCUGGCAAGGCCCACUCCGGGCAAGAUUAGCCUGGAAUGUUGUUCACGACCGGGAAUCCCUGCUCGGACGUACUAUUCUGGCCAGAUAUGGCACCAAUCUGUGGGGCUCUUCUGAGGGGCGCAGUGCAUCGAUCACUUGGAAGGUGCUUAGGGAGGGAGCGGCCGCCCUUCGCCCCAUCCUUCGCUGGAACAUCUGGGAUGGCAGUAAAAUCGACAUUCUUGAGGACACUUGGAUUGCCAAUCGCUGUUUGGCUCGCUGGCCGUCGUUUGUUGCUGUUGACACCAUUGAGGGCUGUACGGUGGGUGAUUUCCUGGACGAGAACCUUGAUUGGCAGCGGGAGCGUGUCCUGCACUCCUUUGGCCCGGCUCUUGCUGACUACAUCUUUGGCAUUCCGACCCGUGUGGGGCAGGGAGAGGAUUGCCCUGAGCUGAUCAACUCACAGCUGGGGACAACCAUUUCGGCUUUGGCCUACAAGGAGAAUUUUCUCCAGCUGGAAUACAAUUUUCUGUGGUUCAAGAAGUUCCAUCUGCACCCGCGGGAACACAUGUUCUGGUGGCGCAUUACCCGCGGAGCCAUCCCGACUAAUUCAUGGCUCUACCGGCGGGGGCUUGUGGAUCUUCCUAACUGCCCGUGGGGAUGCAAUUGUGAGGAGACGGUGCUGCACCUCACUGCUCAUUGCGAGAUGCUUAUUUCGACCCAUGAGGUGUUGGCCAAGUGGGGUUUCUCCUUGCCGAGGUUCCAGAAUUGGGAGGAUAUGAUCAAUGGCCUUGCCCUUUCGGCCAAGCAGUUUGCGAGUGUGGGGCGGCUUUACUGCUAUGUGGUGUAUCAAGUUUGGCGGGCACGUAACGACAAGAUGCACGGGAGGACGUUCGGGACGCCGGCGGUGCUCGCGGCUAAUUCCUUGGCUAUGCUUCCGAAAUCCCUCUGGGCUGCUUUCUUUCACUCAUUGGUGCACCCCCCCCCCCCCCCCCCCCCCCCCCCUCCUGGGUGGGUUAAGUUCAACGUUGAUGCUUCGGUCCGGCCAAAUGCUGUGGCCGGAUUAGGGGUUGUGGCUCGGGACCAUGUUGGCAAACUGCUCCUUGUUGCCGGUAGCCUGGUGGAGCAAUGGGACGUGACGAGGGCCGAGAUUCUUGCGGCCACUGCUAUCCGGGCUGCUGUCGAAGACUGGAUGUUCAAUAUGGAUGGGAUUAUCAUUGAGGGCGAUUGCCGCAAUGCAAUCAAGUGGCUCCAAGGAGCCUUCAACCGCCUGAACAAGCUUCAUCUAACGACCGAGGGACCGGACCUCUCUUUCCUCCUGGAUUUCCGCCAAGUGCUGUUCUCAAAUGUACCACGCCAAUGUAACCAGCCGGCCGACUUUUGUGCUGAUUAUGCCUCUUUUGGCAAUUUUAUGUGGAAGGCUUGUGAUGAUAGAAAUGAACCCAAAAACUUUGAUUUCUCACAAGGUGCCGGCGGAGUCCUAAAAGCAACAUCCGCCGUUCCCUGGUCGGCAUCGUUUAUGGUUGAGACUAGGACGAUAUCUGAUCGUCUUCGAUCCCCCAACUUUCGUUCUUGA